UGUCUACUGGCUGCAGCUGUCAGAUAGGGACAGACCUCCAACCCUUACAGCAGAAAAACAACAGCUUAGGAAACAAAAAGGACCUGGGAUGCUGCUCCGCUGUGUAGCACAGUGCUGGUGAAACAGAGCUUUUACCAGGCUCUGGACCUAUCUGCAGAAACCCUCUGAAUCUCAUCCCAUUGUCGCCAUGGAGACUCCAAACAACUAUGUGUUUAUCCACGGGAAGAACAUCUCCCACGGUCCCCUGGCCGCUGCGGCGCCCCACAUGUCCAUUGACAAGCUGUUUCCAGCCCUCCUGGAGUGCUUCGGCAUCAUCCUGUGUGGCUACAUCGCUGGCCGAGCCGACAUGAUCACAGAGAACCAGGCGAAAGGUUUGGGGAACUUUGUCUCUAAAUUUGCUCUUCCGGCUCUGCUCUUUAAAAACAUGGUGCUGCUGGACUUUGAAGACGUCAUCUGGGCUUUUCUUUGGAGCGUUCUGGUUGCAAAGGUGACGGUGUUUGUGCUGGUGUGUGUGCUGACGCUGAUGGUGGCGGGUCCAGACAACAGGUACAGCAAGGCCGGUCUGUACGCCAUCUUCGCUACUCAGAGCAACGACUUCGCCUUGGGAUACCCAAUAGUUGAUGCUUUAUAUAGAAGCACAUAUCCAGAGUACCUCCAGUACAUCUACCUAGUCGCCCCUGUUUCCCUCAUGCUCCUCAAUCCCAUCGGCUUCGCUCUGUGCGAGGUGCAGAAGUGGAGGCAGGCCAGCCAUCCACAGCGCAGCAGCCUCAGCAUCCUGGGAGUUGUAUUUUUACAGGUGUUAAAGAAUCCAAUCGUGUUCAUGGUGAUGGUGGGAAUCAUUUCCCAUUUCGCUUUGGGGGAAAGGAUUCCUGCCGUUCUGUCGGAGUUUAUAGACGGUCUGGCCAACUCUUUUGGAGGAGCGGCGCUGUUUUAUCUUGGCCUCACUAUGGUGGGCCAGCUCAGAAAACUCACCAGAGACGCUGGAGUGGCUCUGAUUCUUCUCAUUACAGCCAAACUCCUGGUAAUGCCACUGGUCUGCAAAGACAUGGUGGACAUUCUGGACGUCGGGGUGAACAGCACGAGCCCGAACCACACCAGCUUAUCCAACUUUGCUUUCCUCUACGGAGUCUUCCCUACAGCACCGAGCGUAGCCAUCUAUGCAGGACAUUACAACAUGGAGCUGGAGGUGGUCACAUCAGGUAUGGUGAUCAGCACCUUCUUGUCAGCACCAAUCAUGUACGUGUCAGCCUGGUUGCUGACCAUCCCUUUAAUGGACCCGGCCCCCCUGGUGGCGGAGCUCGAAAACGUCAGCUUCAACAUCAGCAUCAUCAGCCUCAUAGGACUGGUUUGGACCAUUGCUGUGAUGCUGCUUAGCAGGAAAUUCAAUCAGCUCCCUCAUCUGUUCGUGUUAAAUCUUUUCCUGGCUCAGUUUUUAGUCUGUGUUGGGAUGAUCCUCUGGAAUUUCCUCGUGAAACAACAAGAUAAUCUCCUCAGCAAAAUCCUCACAUUCACUCUGCUGUAUGGAUCUCUGUACAGCACCUAUAUCUGGACAGGAUUAAUCCCUCUCUGUCUGGCUCUGACUAACAGAGAUGAUCUGCUCAGACUCAGACCAGGAAUCUUCAUGGCCGUUGGCUGGGGGGUUCCCUUCGCCAUGGUUGGAGUUCUCCUGAUUGUAGGAGAAAGAACCGAAACCCUUGACUCUGCCUUCUUCUACGGAAAAGCUCAGAUAAUCAGCUCUGCUGUGGUUCUGGCUGUAAGCCUGGCCCUCGGUGCCAUUUCUCUGAUGGGUCUGAGCCAGGGAGACCGGGAGCAGAUCGGCUAUGAAGCCUUGAGUCGAGCAGCUGUCACAGGCAUCUGUGAUGAACCGAGGCCCCCUGGUGGCCUGGAAGAUCAACAGCAGCAGACAGACCUGACCAAUUCCUCCACCUGCCACUCUGAUUUCAACAACAUUUCUCCGCUCCAGACCAUACCUGACAUGAUCGCCAGCACUCAAAGGGAAAAUGCAAACAGCACAGGCCACAGUGAGUCGAUGUGUGAUGGACAGCUAUCCAGCUCGGGGCCUUCAGAGCAGCCUCUGGAUCUGCCUCCACCUGGCCUUCAGAGCACUGAUGACCAACAGACUGUGAGACACGUUUUGCUCUGUCUGCUGCUCAGCGUCAGCCUGCUGGCGAAUCUGUCCAGCUGUCUUUGGUGGUUGUUCAACAAGGAUCCAGGCCGUCUCUACCUGGAGCUGCAGUUUUUCUGUGCGGUAGCCAACUAUGGGCAGGGUUUCCUUUCAUUUGGGAUCUUUGGUCUGGACAGACACCUGAUCAUACUACCAUUCAAGAAAAGGUUUCUCAGCCUGUGGCACGGCAGAGACGGAGAGGAUCUGAGUCAAUCCGCCGUCCCCGAGGAGGUCCGCCUGACCUGCACCCAGUUUGUCCGCUACCACAAAGACCAGUGUGUGCAAGAUAUAGUACACACUCGCAGGUUUGGAGGACUGACCCAGGAGGAGACGGCGGUUGGACGUUGCCUUUCCCAUCAUCCCCAGUAUUUAAUAACAAACCCCUCUGAUCAGGAUCAAAGACUUAAUGAGUCACAGAAUCUACACCAAAAUCCCCAUCCAGAUGAAUCACGCAAACAGACCUCGCUGCCUUCCUACCAGGAGGCUCAGGAUGAACACCAAGGAUACGUUUCUGCCCCUCCGCUACAUCUUGAAAGCGUCUUUCUUGGCAGUGACUUGGUCGACUGGCUAAUAGAGCGCGGUCUGUGUGCUGGGCAGACCGAGGCCAGGCUUUACGGCGUUCGUCUUCAGCGGGGGGGAGUGCUGAGCCCCCUGGACGGCCAGCAGAACUUCAGGGAUGAGCCCACUCUGUUUUAUCACUUCACACAGGAGGACAGAUGGUCCAGGAGCACGUGAGAGGAAGCGACAACCGUAAAGGCGCCAAGCUGGAAGUGCCUUAUGGUGAAGUUAUUGCUACAGCUUGGUUGUCAUGGCUCCCAAAGACUGCCGAAUUAGGGGCUGAAUUCAUUUCAAAUAAAUAAAAAUGAAUGCAUAAAGAUACAGAGAGAAUUUCCCGACUGCCGAAACUCAAUAUCCAGUCAUUUUCUAAACAGCGAAUGCACCCUGGCUAAGCACAACCACAGUGAGUUCAAAACACUCUUCAGCGUGGAGGCUGUUACUGAGAGAGGCAGCGCUAAAAUUAGCUACAGGUCGACCAGAAUCGAGAGGCUGUUUCUCGCUCUCACAGCUGAGAAAAAUAAAGUUAUUUUAUUCUCUCAGUGCCGUCGGUUCUGACGGCUUCUUCUAAACACAUCGUCUACGCAGAAUUUGGAGAAUAGUUUUAAGGGUUGGUCAGGACUGUUUAGUAGGAAAUAUUGCCCCUUAUUUCAGGUGUGUAAAUUCUUACACUGAUCUGUUACUAUAAUGCAGUGUUUUUCAAGCCUGGUCCUCAAGGCACCCUGCUCUGCAUGUUUUGGAUGUUUCUGAGGUUCAGCACACCUGAUUCAGAUGAUUGCAGUUCAGCAAAGCCUGAUAAUCUGCUAUCAAUUGAUAACAGGUGUGUGAAAGCUGGGAAACAUCUAAAACAUGCAGAGCAAGGUGCCUUGAGGACCAGGAUUAAAAAACACUGCUACAACGGACGGUCCGCUGAGCAUCAUUUUGCUCUUUUUCAAUUUGAAGAAUACUGUCUCUUCCUUUGUGUUGCAUUUCUUUAGCGGUUAAACAAAAGUGAAUGCGGCUCUCCAUGAGUCUGGCUACAAAGUGUACAUCUUUGGUUCUCGUUCCUGGCACAGUGAGAACAAGAACAUCUUAUUUGGUUCAUGCACAGUUUGUAGCGAGCUUAUGUCUAGUGUCAGUGAAGUGGUUUAAAAAGUCCAAUUGAGAUGUAAGAAGGUAUUUAUUAAUGGUCUCAUAAGAGCUACAACAGAUAUGUGGUUCAUAGAGAAAAAGCAGAGUCAUGUCUGUUUUAUUGGCUAACAAAGCUUGUUAGCUUAGUUAGCGCUUAAUUUAAGGAGAGCUCAGAAUGCUGUAAAGCGGCACUUAGGGUCACAUGACUCAUUCAGUGAUUCAUCCGACUCUCCUUAGUUACGUAGGCGUGUUUUUAAGAAGAGAAGCUGACAUGAAUCAUCUCUGCGUUCCAAUUUCUGAAUAUUGAUCUGAAAACUUCAAAUAUCCCAAAAUAGGUUAAUAGGUGACUCAGAAGUUUCAGUGUUGCCAUAAACAGGCUUCUGUUUCAUACCAGCUGCCUCUAUUGCUACGUUCAGACCGCAUGCUGCAGGAGCAGCAGAAGCAGCUAGUUUACAUGCAAAGUCAAUGUUUGACACACAUCAAGGCGCAGCAAAAGGUCCUGCAGAGCGUUUUGAGCAGCCAAAAUGCGAGUUUCUCAACAUCUGACGCAUGAAGCAGC